CCGCAACUGCAGCUGCAUCCGCUCCGCGCGCCGCAGCACCAUGGCGAUCCAGAAGAAGCACGGCAAAGGCCGUCUCGACAAGUGGUACAAGCUCGCCAAAGAAAAGGGCUACCGCGCCCGUGCCGCCUUCAAGCUGAUCCAGCUGAACAAAAAGUACAAUUUCCUCGAGAAGAGCAAGGUCCUCAUCGAUCUGUGCGCCGCCCCCGGAUCAUGGUGUCAGGUCGCCGCCGAGGUCAUGCCCGCGAAUGCCCUCAUCAUCGGUGUCGAUCUGGCCCCAAUCAAGGCCAUCCCGCGCUGCAUCACCUUCCAGAGCGACAUCACCACCGACAAGUGCCGCGCGACCAUCCGACAGCACCUCAAGACGUGGAAGGCCGACACGGUCCUGCACGACGGAGCGCCCAACGUCGGUACUGCGUGGGUGCAGGAUGCCUUCUCGCAGGCCGAGCUCGUGCUCCAGUCCAUGAAGCUCGCGACUGAGUUCUUGGUCGAGGGCGGAACUUUCGUCACAAAGGUCUUCCGCUCCAAGGACUACAACUCGCUGCUGUGGGUCUUCAACCAGCUGUUCACCAAAGUCGAAGCCACCAAGCCGCCCUCGUCGCGUAACGUCUCCGCCGAAAUUUUCGUCGUCUGCCGCGGCUUCAAAGCCCCAAAGCACAUCGAUCCUCGCUUCCUUGACGCGAAGAGCGUCUUCGCAGAGUUGGCCGACCCGACCCCCAACAACGAAGCCAAGGUCUUCAAGCCCGAAAUAAAGAAGAGGAAGCGUGAGGGUUAUGAAGAGGGCGACUGGACACAAUUCAAGGAGGCGCCUGUGAGCGAGUUCAUCAACACCACCGACCCCAUUGCCAUGCUCGGAAGCCUGAACAAACUGAGCUUUGCGCAGCCGCCCAACGGAGACGUCGCCAUCGCCACCAUUGACAAGCUGCCCGAGACUACAAUUGAAGUCAGGAAUUGCUGUGCGGAUCUGAAGGUGCUGGGUCGCGCCGACUUCAAGAGGCUGCUCAGAUGGCGGUUGAAGGUCCGCGACAUCUUUGGUUUUUCUAAAAAGAAGCAAGAGGAGGCCGAGGAGGUGGCCGAGGUCGAGCCCAUGGACGAGGAAAUGCAGAUCAUGGAGGAUAUGCAGCGCCUUGAGGACCAGGACUCCAAGAAGAAGAAGAAGGCCCGGCGGCAGGAGAACGAGCGCAAGCAAAAGGAGGUCGUGCGAAUGCAGAUGAACAUGACUACGCCCUUUGAGAUCGGUAUGGAGCAGUCUGGCCCUCAAGGCGACGAUUCCAUGUUCGGUCUCAAGUCCAUCGACAAGGCCGGAGCACUCGCCAAGGUCGCGCGCGGCAAGAUGGCAACAGUCGUCGAGCGUCAAAAAGACGACGAGUCCGAGGAGGAGGUCAUCACCGACGACGAAGGCGAUCAGCUUGAUGCCGAGCUGGACAACAUGUACAGCGAGUACGUCGAGCAAAGAUCUGCGCGAGAUGCAAAGUACCGUGCGAAGCGAGCCCGGAAAGAGGACGAAGAUGGCGAAUGGAACGGUUUCUCGGAUGAAGAUAAAGAGGAGAGCAGUGACGAAGAGUUGGUCCAGGAUCAAGACAGCGACUGGAGCGACGAUGAAGACGAAGCGCCGCGACCCUUGAUAACCGACCUCGACAAGGACGGUAGUGGCAAGGGUGGUCUUACAAAGCGUGCAUCGAGGUUCUUCGACCAGGACAUCUUCAAAGGCAUUCCCGGCUUGGAAGAAUUAGAGGAGGCGGAGGAAGACGGCGAAGACAGCGGCAUCGACGUCGACGGCGAGAGCGAAGACGACGCCACCGCCGCAGCACCAGAGAAGGCCGUCGUCAAGAAGGUGCAGAUCAAGGCGCCGGCACAAGAUGACGACGCAGACUCAUCCGAAGACGAAGACAAGAUAGAAGAAGUUGCCCGCGACGAAUCACAAUGGGAGCAAGACAACACGCCCAUGCGCAACGGGCGCCCCGAUAUCGACAUCAUCACCGCCGAAGCCAUGACCAUGGCGCACCAGCUUGCGACAGGCAAAAAAACCAAAGCGGACCUUCUCGACGACUCCUUCAACCGCUACUCCCUCCGCGACGUAGACGGCCUCCCCGACUGGUUCCUCGACGACGAAAACAAACACUCGAAGCUCCAGCGCCCCAAAACCGCCGCCGCAGCCGCCGCCAUCAAAGAAAAACUCCGCGCUCUCAACGCACGCCCCAUCAAGAAGGUGCGCGAGGCCAAGGCGCGCAAAAAGUUCAAGGCCGCGCAGAAGCUCGAGAAGCUCAAGAAGAAGAGCGCGAUGCUGGCGGACGAGGAGGGCCUGACCGAGAAGGAGAAGGCGCAGAGUAUUUCGCGUUUGAUGAGCCGCGCGGCGAAGAAGAAGCCCAAGCAAAAGGUCACGGUUGUUGUGGCGAGGGGCACGAACAAGGGGCAAGGUAGACCCGGAGGUACCAAGGGCAAGUAUAAGAUGGUGGAUGCGCGGUUGAAGAAGGAUGUUAGGGCGGAGAAGAGGAUCGCAAAGAAGAGGAAAUAGAGGAGUAGUUGUGCGUAGUGGAAUUUGUAUAUACCUCCCGGCGGCGCUGGGCGAGGG